CAACAUUUCCACUCUUUAUUUGUUGUGCUUGGGUAUUUUGACACUUCAAAAUUCUAACUUGUUCAAAUUUAUAUUCUGCUUUCAUAAACGUAAUUAUGGGACCUAAAAGAAAUCAGGUAUCUUAUAUUAAACCGAAUGAACCAGCUUUUCUAAGGCGUAUAAAACAACAAGCCGGAUACAAGGAAGGACCAGAUGUUGACACAAAAAGAGAACAAUAUCAAGGUGACAGUGAUAAUGACGAAUAUGCAGAGGAGAAGGAGGAUGAAAAGCCAAUUGUGGUAGUUUUACGAUCUGGUGACCUAACUGCCGAAGAAGCAACAAAAGAAGAAGUUGAGCUAAAGGAAAAAGAAGAAAGAGAGCUUAUUGAAAAAGGCAAAAUUGUCUUCAAGUCGCAGAAAAAAAGAACUCAGAUUUCAGAUGAGCCUGAUGGUAGUGACAUAGCGAAUGUCAAAAAAGUGAAAAAAGAAGAUUCUGGCUCCAGCACCAAAAGCGAAAGUAGUAAAGAUACUGCAAAAAAAUCCAGUUUACUUUCUUUUAAUGAUGAAGAUGAAUAGAAAUAUAGCAAUAAACACUACCCAAAUUA